GAAGGUGGAGCGCGGGCUGUUGCAAUGGUUGCAACGUCAAACAUCGUCCCCCUGGUGGUGCCAUGCGCAUUGACGGUUGUUGUUGUUAAGCUGGUUGUUAUGUCUGGACAAGGCCUCGAACUCAACUGAGAGAGGAUCCCCCUCUCUCCCUCCCUCCCUCCCGCACUAUCCCGUCUCCGCCGCGGGACACCCGCCGCCCAUGGAGGGCACAGACAUGGACGUGGACGCGGAGCUCAUGCAGAAGUUCAGCUGCAUGGGCACCACGGACAAGGACGUCCUCAUUUCGGAGUUUCAGAGACUGCUGGGCUUCCAGCUCAACCCCGCUGGCUGCGCCUUUUUCCUGGACAUGACAAACUGGAACCUUCAGGCUGCUAUUGGUGCAUAUUAUGACUUUGAAAGUCCCAUUGUCAAUACACCGUCCAUGUCUUUUGUUGAAGAUGUGACAAUUGGGGAAGGAGAGUCUGUCCCUCCAGAUACACCAUUCACAAAGACUUGGAGGAUACAGAACACGGGUGCAGAGGCGUGGCCACCUGGGGUUUGUCUUAAAUACAUUGGUGGUGAUCAAUUUGGGCAUGUAAAUACAGUUAUGGUGAAGUCCCUAGACCCACAGGAAAUAUCAGAUGUUAGUGUACAGAUGCGAAGUCCCACAAAUCCUGGCAUGUACCAGGGUCAGUGGAGGAUGUGUACAGCCACUGGGUUAUUCUAUGGAGAUGUAAUCUGGGUGAUUCUUAGUGUAGAAGUUGGCGGUCUUCUCGGCGUGACCCAACAGCUGUCGUCCUUCGAGACAGAAUUCAACACUCAACCCCAACGCAACGUGCAAGGAGACUUCAACCCCUUCGCUUCGCCGCAGAAGAACAAGCAUGAUGCCACUGACAACAGCUUCAGAGAGCCAGGUGGUGCCUGGGAACGUACACAAGAGCCAAUCCAGCAAGAUGAAAAUGGACUGUCUCAUAAUGCUGUAAAUAGGGCCUCAAAUGGACUCCAAACCAAUCUUUCUGUUGUGACUUAUGGUCAGGGCAUUCAUGGACCCUAUCCAUUUGACCAGAGCUAGAAUGACAGAAAGACCCCCCUCCCCAUGGUGGAUGAUGAGAUCAACACCCUGGGAAUCUUUAAUGUAAAGGAGGUGGGGGGUGGACAGUUGUUUUAUAUUGAGUCAUGACAACACUCUCCUCAGAACAUGGCCCUUUCCACAGAAACACAAAUGAGAGCGAGAUGAUGGAAUACAUCUGCUACAGUGAAACAUCCCAUCUGACAUCAACAUCUGGACUCGCAUGUGUGAAUGCCUCAUUCAUCUAGUGCUCUAAACCCUUUCAAAUAGAUGCACACGACUGUUCUAUUUACAUCAGACAACACAGCUGAAAAAAGUGAUAAUCAACCCUUAACAUCAAUAUCUACGUAGAAGUUGGUUUUCACAUGGGUAACUGAAUUUGUCAGGCUUUCGAACGUAACCAUGAUCAUGGAUGAUUUUGAGGCCUUUGUGGGAUGCACUGAAUGUCGUGUGUGUGGGGGUGGGGGUGAAGUGUGAUCUGUUAUUCACCACACAAAGUGGUUUUUAUUUGAUUUGUGCGGAGUUUUUCCAAAAACCUCUAGAUGACAGCCUUACACAAGUUUCACACACACACGUUUCUGGUGAAUAGCGGUGAUUUCUAACAGUUAGAGGUUGCAGAAUUGUUCCACAUCUUGGGUAAAUUGAUGUGCUUUUGACGCAUUCCUAUACACUAUGUAUGUUUUGAAAGCGUUCACAUCAUUGGAGAACUAAAGAUGGAUGAUUUGGCUAUUUGAAGGUUUAUCAUAUGCCAAUAUAAUUAUUAAAUGUUGGGUUUGAUUGCCUCAAAAACUGGCUGGUAUGAGACAUGAGUCACAUCUGUUUUCAUACACUUCAUUAUUAUCAAGUGCCAAGUGGGAAGAGUCAGAGCUCAAUAUUAAUUGUGAUUAUUAAUUAAAUGCUGACGUGAGCAGCGAGUGUGACCCAAAUAUGACCAGCAGUUACAGGUCUGUCGCAUUGAAGUGUCUGGAGAUUUUGUUGCUGGAAUUUUUCUUUGACGCUUUCAUGUCCUUUAAUGUGAUUCACUUUUACAGGUUUUGGUUUUAGGCCAAUUUUGACAAAGGUUCAAACAACAAAAACAUGAUAAAAGUGUUUAAAAGAGAAACUGCCCUAGCAACAUUCUUUGAGGUCAAAUGUUUUACUUUUAAAAGUCUUUGUGGUUGAGAUUAAUGUAAUUUAUGCGAGAGAUAGAAGUUGCCACCAAUAUCUGAAUCUGUAUUAUAUGUAUUGCGCAGAAGCAACUGAUGUAACUGAUGUUCCUCCUUUAAGACUAAAACGUUUAGAGUUUUUGAACCGUGAUUGCUGCCUGGGGUUUUACAUUAUACUUCAGCAUUUCUCACCCCAACAUUUUUGUAUUUGCCAUUUGGUUGAAAAAAAAAUGCUUUCAAAUUCAGAAAUCAACAGUAGUUCCAGUAUUUUACAAUCCUCAUUUUUAAUGGUACUAAAUAUGAAUGAAGUCUCAGCCUCAGAGUUCAGCCUAUAAUCCGAUACAUGCCAUUUUUACAAAUUUAACGGACACAUUCCCAAAACCCUUAAUCGCAAAAUUUGAACCAUAUUAUUAUUGUUAUUAUUAUUAUUAUUAGUGUUAUUAUUAUUAUAUUAUAGGAACCAUAUCUUUUCCAAAGAUGAAUUCCAGAGAACCAAGACACUAAUCUAUGCUGUCAUGAAAUGACACCGUCUGCUGGUGCUUGACUCAGGCUGCAUGGGAUGACGUGUGUAUGUGUUUGUUCUUUUGGUUUUUUUAAGGGUGUUUUUUUUUCUUUUACUUUUUUUGUUUCUUUAAAUAGAUGCUAAACUGUAAAAGGAUCCAAGUGAGUUGAGUUUGAACUGGUAACGUGUGAUGUAGAUGGAGUGGACUGAUAACUGGUGAGGAAGUGUUGAAAAAGCCAUCUGACUCAUCUAGGUUGACUGGAGGUUCUGAGUCCCUGUCUAUGUUAUGUGUGCUGUAUAGGUGUGUGUGUGUGUUUGUGUAUGUUGCUGGAUUUAAACACAUAAAGAUGGUGUAUACUACUUGGACAAAGGACGACUGGCCUGUUCACAAACAUUAAUAUUGAAAGAACGUUACUGGGUGUGUACCUUUUUUAAUGUAUUGUUGGACUCACUUUUUGCCCUAAGUUUGUUGUCACAUUGUGCAUUGCAGACUCACACAUUUACAACCAGCAGGUGGUGCUAAAAAAUCAAAUGACCAACUUGUCUGAGAUUAAAUGUUUGUGAUCCGGGCCGUGGUUGUCUCAAGUAAAGUUGAGAGCAAGGCUCCUGGACUUGGUUGUAGAUACUUGCACUUUCACCUCUCAGCCUAGAUGCCUCUUCAGCUCUGACUGACCAGUGUGAAGAACCAGGUUUUUUUUCCUCUCUGUGAGGUUGUCAAGACUGCGUUUGUUACCAUACCUAGUGCUUUUUGUAGUUGGAUUCACCUGAGGCUGCAUGUAACUGUUUAUUAAAUCCAUGUGAAAGGUCACCAGUGGAGGUGAGAGAUGAUGGUCCUUCACCUCUUACUGUACUUCUCUGUAUAUAAUGGGCAGCUGUGCCUGGGUUGUCUUCCAACCGAAAGGUCAGAGAUUUGAUCCCUGGCUCCUCUAGGCUACAGGCUGAUGUGUCCCUGUGGAGUACAUUUAACCCCAAAUUGCUGUGAUAGGAAAAAACAGCUGCAAAAACAGCUGCAAAUACAAUUAAUGUGCAGUACGAAUGUGCACAUGAAUGGUAAAACCGGUCGAGUCUGAGAACCGUUAAGAACUGACAGACCUAGUGACACCAGUAGCACAGAGAUGAACUGAACGUGGCUCCCCUUCUAUCGGUCAGAUCAGUAGAGACAUGAGAGGUAAACCAUCCAUAAGCAUCACUUUGAAUACAUGGUCAAGAGAAGUUGUAGUUUUGAUUGUAUUAAGUCGAUUUAAAUAUGAAAAUUAAUGCUAUUUGCACAAAGCUGUCCGCUGCUAAUCAGGAAAGACGGAGACAAAAAAUGUUUUGGGGUGGACUCCUAAAAGUUUCAGUGGUUUGUUUGGUAUUCUUAUCUGCCUAAAAUGUUCUUCACAGAUUUAAAUUUAGUUUCAAAAGUUUUUAAGACUUGUUCUAAAAUAGAUUGGCUCGUUUAUUUAAGUAUCACAUAUCUGCAGAGGAGUUCAUCUUCUGUCACACCAGCUUUGCAUUAUGGUUGAUUGUCAAACUAUCAUCAUCUUCACUUUCAUCAUAUUUUUGGCUUAUAAAUAAAAUGGGAAAGGUUGUUGAUGGAAUUCUGUAAUAGUGUUAAUUUUUUUUGCUCAAAGGGAGUUUCAUUAAAAAGUUUUUUUUUUAUUAUUUAAGGAACGUUCUCCUUGUUGAAAUUGCUCAAAUCUUUGUUAGUCAUUUUAUCCAAAGUUCAUUUCCUCCAUGACCCUGUGUGUACACCAGUGAAAUUCACCAGCAUUCUGUGUCGCAUCUGUUUGUGUUUGCACUGAGUCAGCUGAGUUCUCCUCCCAAACAGUAUACACUGUUCUGUGUUGCCUCUUUUAGUCAUGAAGUUUUUCGUGUGUGCGUGUGCGUGUGUGUGUGUGUGUGUGUGCUAUUUUUCUUGUGCUCUCGCUUGUUUGCAUUGUGUGUCUGUGUAUGAGAGAGAGAAAGAAAGCAUAAGAUGGUGAGGAAUAUUGCUGGAUUCAUAUACAUGUUUUAGUUUGUGACUAUGUAUGGACUUGACGGGUGGCAUUGUGAGUAGAUGAGAUGAAAGUUUACAUCCUCCUGAAAUAGCACAUUUACAUGAAGAGAUAUUUGUCAAAAUAAAGCUUUUCCCUCUGUAUCUAUAAUAAGCAUUUGUAUGAUUAAAUUAACACUGAAUCAAUGA